AUGUCCGAGCGAAAGGUUCUCUCCAAAUACUACCCCCCGGAUUUCGAUCCGUCUGCGAUCGGGCGCACGCCCAAACACCUACGCCAGAAAGGUCCAAAAGUCAUCACUGUUCGAUUGAUGGCACCGUUCCCUAUGAAAUGCACAAACUGCGGCGAAUACAUAUACCGAGGACGCAAGUUCAAUGCCCGAAAAGAGAACCUGGAAGAAAAGUACCUCUCUAUUCCGAUUUACCGGUUCUAUAUCCGGUGCACACGAUGCAGUGGAGAAAUUACAUUCCGAACGGAUCCAAAGAAUAUGGAUUACAUGUGUGAGAAAGGCGCAAAGCGAAACUUCGAACCAUGGCGCGAUGCUAAAGAUGGGAAAUACGACGAAACACAAGAAGAAACGCUUGAUCGACUUGAGCGCGAAGAAAAUGAUGAACAGGAGCAGUUGGAAAGAGACAAGAUGGCUGAGCUGGAGGAUAAAAUGCAAGAUUCGAAGCGCGAAAUGGCGAUUGCUGAUGCGCUCGAUGAGAUUCGGACACGGAAUGCGCGCAUCCAACGUAACGAGUCAAAGGGUGAUGAGCAGGCUUUGGAGUUUGUGAAGGAUGAGCAGGAUGACGCGAAGUUGUUGGAGGAGAAGGAGGAUGAGGAGGCUGCAAGAAGAGCGUUUAUGACUGCUUCGGGUGAGAGGAUUAAACGUGUUGUUGAGGAGGAGGAGGAGGUUGUUUCGGAUCUGCCCCAGCCUGGGGCUUCGAAGACUGCUUCUGCUUCUGUUUCUAUGCCGCCGCCUUCGUCUACUUCUUUUGCGAGGGUGAAGAAAGCUAAGAGGCCUGGUAUUCCUGGUUUAGGGAUUAAGAAGAAGCCUUCUCUUAUUUAA